AUAACUAUGCUGUUUUCUCAAAGAAGCUGGUCAAUUAGGCCGACGAAAAAAAUUAUUGCUUUGGAUAGACAAAAAGAUGUUUACAUGGUAAAUUUCCAUGUUAAUCUAGUAGGUAUAUACGUAACUUUUAUAUUUCUUUAUAUUAUGUGUGCCAAAUUAGGACUUAAGUUUCACAGGGAUAGUGUCCUAAAGCACGUAUCACAUUGUUUUAUACCUAGUUGUUGUUGUUAGGUGCCAUCAAGUUGGUUCCCACUCAUAGCCACCCAGUGUACAACAGAAGGAAACACUGCCCGAUCCUGUGCCAUCCUCGAUGUUGUGCUUGAGCUCAUUGUUGCAGCCACUUUGUCAGUCCACCUUGUUGAGGGUCUUCCUCUUUUUUGCUGACCCCCUGCUUUAUCAAGUACGAUGUCCUUCUCCAGGGACUGGUCCCUCCUGAUAACAUAUCCAAAGUAUGUGAGACAAAGUCCCACCAUCCCUGCCUCUGAGGAGCAUUGUUGUUAUACUUCUUCCAGGACAGACCUGUUCAUUCUUUUGGCAGUCCACGGUAUAUUCAGUGUUCUUCAGCAACAUCACAGUUCAGAGGCAUCUGUUCUUCCUUAUUCAUGGUCCAGCUUUCGCAUGCAUAUGAGGCAAUUGAAAACACCAUAGCUUGGGUCAAGUGCCCCUUAGUCCUUAAAGUGACAUCUUUGCUUUUUAAUACUUUAAAGAGGGCUUUUGCAGCAGCUUUUCCCAAAGCAAUACAUUGUUUAAUUUCUUGACUGCUACUUCUAUGGUACUGAUUGUGGAUCCAAGUAAAAUGAAAUCUUUGACAACUUCGAAUUUUUCUCCGUUUAUCAUGAUGUUGUUUAUUGGCCCAGUUGUGAGGAUUUUUGUUUUCAUGUUGAUCCGUAUUGAAGGCUAUAGUCCUUGAUCUUCAUCAGUAAGUAUUUCAAGUCCUCUUCACUUUCAUCAAGCAAAGUUGUGUCACCCACAUAACACAGGUUGUUAAAGAGUCUUCCUCCAAUCCUGAUGCCCUGUUAGUCUUCAUAUAGUCCAGCUUCUCAAAUUAUUUGCUCAGCAUACACAUUGAAUAAGCAUGGUGAAAGGAUACAGCCCUGACACACACCUUUCCUGACUUUAAACCACGCAGUAUCCACUUGUUCUGUCCAAAUGACUGCCUCUUGGCCUAUGUACAGGUUCCUCACUUUAAACCACACAGUAUCCGCUUGUUCUGUCUGAAUGACUGCCUCUUGGCCUAUGUACUCGUUCCUCAUGAGCAUGACUAAAUGUUCUGGAAUUCCCAUUCUUCAUAGAGCCUGACCAUACCAAGUGCUGAUAAGAAUGUAGAGGAACUAGAAUUCUCAUAUAUGCCAGGGAGAAUGUAGCUACAAUCACUUUGGAAAACAGGCGUUUCCUUAAAAAUUAAAGAUCACCUACCAUAUGAUCAAUCAUUCCACUCCUUGGUAUUUACCAAGAAAAGUAAAAACAUACGUCCGUUCGAAAACUUUGUACCCGAAUGUUUAUAGCAGCUUUAUUUGUCACAGCCAAGCCAGAUGUCUAUCAACAAGAGAAUGGUUAAACGUGCUGCUUAUCCAUACAAAUGUAGUACUACUUAGCAGUAAAAAAGGAAUGAUCUGCUGAUGCACGCAGGAAAUGUGGAUGAAUCUCCAGAUAAUAACUCUGAGUGAAAGAAGCUGAGCAGUAUAGAUUGUAUACAAUACAAUUCCAUUCUAGAAAAUGCAAACUAAUCUGUAGUUACAGAAAGCAGAUCAGUGGUUGCCUGGGGACCAGAAUGGAAGAGGGAUUCAAAGCACAGGAGGAAAGUUUGGAAAUGAUGGGUAUGUUCGUUAUCUUGACUGUGGCAGUGACUUCACAGGUGUGUACAUAUGUCAGAACUAUCAAGUUGUACCCUUUAUAUGUGGGCAAUUUAUUACACAUCAAUUGUUCUUCAGUAAAAGUUUAAACAUUUUUGAAAUAUAUGUUUUCCAGGACAAGGUUGGAAGUAAAUAAUUUCUUAUUAUUCCAGCUUACUUAAGACCAGAGUUAAGUGAUCAGGAAUACUUUUUUUAAAAAAAUCAUAAGUUUAAGUCAUGCCUGUUAUGAACAGUUUUAAAUAUGACUGCUUAUUUUUAAUCUUUUGUUGCAUUUUGCUUGACAAUUUGAAAAUCCCUGAGAAUUAUAGGAAACCUUGGGCAUAGUCUUGAGACUUUGUUCCAUUGGCGAGGUCAUACAUGUUGUAGUGACAGGUGCAAAGGAGAGUCUUAGUGUGACACCAUUAAUUAAUGACCCCUCUGAGUAAAUUCUCCUCUUUCUCAUUGCACAUACACAAGCGAUCUUCAUUUUGUCGUUUUCCUUUCCUCUCUAGAUCUGCCUAUAGAAAGGUAGUAUAUUGCUUGUUAUGAUGGCAGGAAUAUUCUGGACCAAGUGAUGUUUAACUUCAAAUUGUUUUUACUGCCUGUAUCUCAAUCAGUUGACAUUCUGGUUUUAGAAAGAGAAAGAGCCUGAAUCAGAUUGUCUAAAAUCUUAAACUAGAGCAAAUGAAUUUUUCAAGAAUUUAAAUAGGAUUCUUUUCUCUUUAAUCAAUUAAUUAUUCCCUUUUGCAUGUUGUCAGUAAUUUUGUUUAAAACUUGGUACUAACCUGUGAUUCCAUGUUUGUGACCCAAGUUUACAAACAGUAUAAUUAACGAAUUCAACCUUCUUUACCUUUUUCUUUCAAGAUAAUCAUUCCGAUUGUCCUUCCUGGUAUAAAACCCUUCAUAACCUGUUUUUCAUAAAAUAUGUGUCAUUCAGAUAGAUGUAUCUUUAUCUCAUCCCCACGUGUCUUAAAUAGCCAAGGCUUUUUCUCAUCAUUGAAUUCUCGAUUCCUUAAUUAGUAUGAUCUUCCUUGAACUCUGCAUGGUUUCUUUCUUUCUUUUUUUUUUUUUAAUGGUUCAAAGUACUGUAUCAUCCAAGUUAUUUGCUUGCCACUUGUUGUCUGCAGACAGCCUAAAAUCAGAAUAAAAUUUGUUCUUGAAUAUCAGAUUUCAACACAUAAUAAGAACUUAGAAUGAGAAGAAAACUUAAGAGUCUAACUCUCUCCCCAGUGUAGAAAUCUCUUUAUCAGUGUACCUGAUAAACUGUCAUCUCCUUUCUGUUUGAAUGCCACCCAUGGAAGGGUGACAUUAUUGUAUAAGAGAGUUUUUCCCCCUUAAAAUGAGCUUAUUAAAUGGUUAUUGUUAGGUGCUAUGGAGUUGGUUCCAACACAUGGCAACCCUGUAUACAACAGAACAAAACACUGACCGACCCUGCGCCAUCCUCGCAAUCAUUAUGCUUAACCCCAUUGUUGAAGACGCUGUGUUAGUCCAUCUCAUUGAGGGUCUUCCUCUUUUUUGUUGACCCUGUACUUUACAAAGCAUGAUAUCCUUCUCCGGGGACUGAUCUCUCCUGGCAACGUGUCCAAAGUAUGUAAGAUGUAGUCUUGCCAUCCUUGGUUCUAAGGAGCAUUCUGGUUGUACUUCUUCCAAGACAGAUUUGUUCGUUCUUUUGACAGUCCACGGUAUAUUAAAUAUUCUUCGCCAACACCAUAGUUCAAAGGCAUCAAUUCUUCUUCGGUCUUCCAUAUUCGUUAUCCAACUUUCACAUGCAUAUGAUGCAAUUGAAAAUAACCAUAGCUAAAAUUAGCCUUCUGUAAUCUCUGCAGGUUAGUACUGCUCCUGUCUUCCAAAAACAUUGAAUAACUGUCGUUUCUUUUAGACAUUGCUUCAGUUGGUUGAAGAUAGCUUUAUCUAGAUAAGCCUUUCUAGUUCCUUUAACUGUUCACAUGGCUUGGUUUUCAGAUUUCUCACAUCUUGGUACCAUUUUGGACAAAUAUAAAAUAGCCAGCAUGAUAGAUUUGAGUGAUUGCUCCCAGCUUUUCUGUGAGUUUGUAUCUUAUUUUUACUUCUUGUAUGUAGUGUGUCCUUUUCAUGUGUCUUCCACUAGCUUCCCUUGCCUUUCUGUGUAGAACCUUGUCUUUUAGGGUGUGUGUUACUACUGCAUGAGAAGGUAUCCCUCCGAGAAGGAGGCCUUUGCUUGCCUGGGGCUUUGCCUCCAUAAACCAUGAUAAUUGAAUAUUGCCUCACCUGAGAAUCAGGAUGUAGAGGUCCUAUUUACAUCACUUCUGUCAUCUCUAACAGGCUUGUUUCUUUGUCUCAUUGUCUCUGCCUUUGAAAUGUAGAAAGAGAUGGCUAUUAUCCAUCAAUAAAAUAUGCUUUAUUAAUUUGUUUUAUUAUAUUAUUAUAACUAUAUCAUAUAAACCCAGGUCUAAAUAUUAUCCAAAUAAUGGCAUUAAAAAGAGCUCUAGUCAGUACUGUUUAGAUCAGGGCUCAGCAAACUAUGGCCUGCAGGCCAAAUCCAUUCUGCUGCCUGUUUUUGGAUGGCCCACAAGGUAAGAAUAGUUUUUACACUUUAAAAUGGUUGAAAAAAAUACCAAAAGAAGAAUAAUAUUUCAUGACAUAUAAAAAUUAUAUGAAAUUCAAAUGUCAGUGUCCAUAAAGUUUUAUUAGAACAGAGCCGGGCUCAUCAUUUGCAUAAUGUCUCUGGCUACAUUUAUGCUGUAAUAACAGAAUUGAAUAGUUAUCUCAGAGGCCAUAUAGCUUGCAGAGCCUAAAAUAUUUACUGUCUGGCCCUGUAUUGUGUAAAAAUUACCCCAAAGUAUAGUAGUUUAAAACAGCAUGCAUACAUUAUCUCAGUUUCUUUGAAUAGGGAAUCGAGGUACAGCUUAACUGGGUCCUCUCCUUCAGGGUCUCUCACAGGCUACAAGCAAGGCAUUAUUGGCUGGGCUGUAGUUAUAUCAAGGCUCAGCUGGGAAAGGAUCUGUUUCCAAGUUGACAGGAUUCAGUUCCUCGAGGGUUGUUGAACUGAGGACCUCAUUUCCUUGUUGAUGAUUGACUGAAGACCACCCUCAAUUCCUUGCCAUGUGGACCGCUCCAACAUGUCAACUUGUUUCGUCAGAGCGUGCAAGCUGAGAAGGCAACAGAGAAGAAUCUGUUAUGACGAUGAAAGUCACAUGUUUUGUAACCUACUCAUGGAAGUGACAUCAUCUUUAAAAACAAUCAUCUUUAGUGUGUAAUAAUGGUUAUAAGCAAGUCACUAGGUUUAGCCUACCCUAACUCGUACACCAUGGGGUCAGACCAUUGUGAUCCAUUCAUUGACUGAUUUUCAGAAGUAGGUCACCAGGCCUUUCUUCCUAGUCCAUCUUAGUCUGGAAGCUCCGCGGAAACCUGUUCAGCAUCAUAGCAGCACACAGGCCUCCACCGACAGAGUGGUGGUGGCUGCAUGAUGUACACUGGCCAGAAAUCAAACCUGGGUCUCCUGCGUUGAAGGCGAGAGUUCUAUCACUGAACCGCCACUGUCCUUGGCCCACACUUGGGGAAGGGAUUACACAAGGUGGUGGAGAAAGGAGACAGGGAUUAUCAAGGAUUAGAGUCUGCCUACCAGACUUCCUUACAAAAAAGUUUGCCGACUCCUGAUUUAGGUAAUCAGUUUGUUAUCUGCCCUCCCAAGGAGUAGUUCCCGUAGGGUAAUUGAUUUUGUGCAACUUCCUACAAUCUUCUAAAUACAAAAUAAAGACUAACUCUUACAUUUUAUCCGUGUUGAUUAAUCAGUUGACACCUUGAAUUAGCCGAUUUGUUUUUUUUUUUUCUUCAUUUUUUGUUUAUAGGUGUCUUGCAUUUAGGGUUAUAUAUAAAAUAAAUUACAAGUAUUAUUUCUUACCCAGUCUCAGAUUUUCCUUGGCUUUCUUAUCGUUAUGUCUUUAUGACAGCAUCUUUUAUCAGCAUAUUUUAUAAAGCCUUCUUGAUUCCCAGUGUGCUAGUCGUUUUUUUUCUUCCUCGUUUUAGGUAUUUUUGUACCCAAUAGCAAAGUCUGUGUUUCCCAGGUUUUUUUUUUUUUUUAAAUAUGGUGAAAAUAUACACAGCAAAACAUUCAUACCAAACUUUUUGACGAGUUACCCAAAAUCUAUUAAUGUUUGUCACAGUAGCUAUUCACCUGGACAUUCUUCUGCAUGACAUAAUAGCAACAGCUUCAGACGAGAACCUAGUAGGGGAAGGGAUGUAGCAGGGAGAGGAACACUCAUAAGCCUCAGCUUUGUUAUCUUCUUUCUUUUCAUCAUCCUUUUAAUCUUUCUACUCCUACUUCACUUGCAUAACGCAUGGGGGUGGGAAUGAAGCAUGCUGUAUUACUCAUGUGCCCUCAUAGCCACUCUCUAGGGAGGUAGAGGGUUUGGGGCUCUGAAUAAUCCUUCCAGUUAUGGAGAAGGUGCAUCAGAAGCACAAUCGGUCUGGUUAUCAGUUUUUAUGCUUCCUUUAUCCUUCUCUGCACCACCUCUCUGUUCUGGCUAUAUUUCCAGAAUGAUGGCCUGUGUAGGUACUUAACUACUGCCUCUGGUCACUACCCCAGCCAGUUCCUCACUGUUCCCAUCAACCGGACAUCUCAAAGCUCAGCCUCAUACAUACUAGCCAAAGUUGUGGAGGGAAGAAGGCAGCCUUGCAUGUUCGUGGCUCUGUCAUUUAUUUUGGUCUCUGGAGUGCCCUGCUGUCCUCAUGAGCUCACUAGCGUAUAUGUCAGCAUCCUUGCAUAGUAUGUGGCGUCCUGGCAGGGCCUCAUUCUUUUGGACAGUAAACAACCUUGUCUCUGUGCUGACUCUUGCUGUCUGCCUCUGGCUCUUUUCCAUUUAGCUAUCUCUCUGAAAUUCCUUGCAUUCCACUCGGCUCUUGGCUCUGUAUACUCCCUUCAUUUUAUUGUUACCUGUAGCCACUUGGCCCCAGGGGACCCCCAAGAUCCAGGUUCUGUAUUGCCCACAUCUCUCAUCCUGCCCCCAGAGAUAAUGGGUGGGUGUGGAAGUAAAAGCUUUGAGAACAUUGACUGGACCACAGAGAAGAGUGUAGAAAGGAAGAAGGAUGGGGGGAGGUCUGCCGGUGAAAGCCAUAGUAGGUAUGAAAGGAUCCCGGCUCUACCCUAAGCCAUGGCCACCUCUGAGCGAGGUGUAGUAGAUGGAAAACAAUUAGAUGGUUAUCUAUCCAGUAAAUAUUCGUUGAGUACUUGGCUAUGUGCUAAGUACUGGGCCCUGGGAAUAAAGCAGUGAACAAAACGAAGAAUCCUGACUCACUUAGAGCUUUCAUUUUAGUUGGGAGAAAGAAGUAAAAUAAAAAUAGAUAUAUAUAAUAUGCUAUAAAUGUCUUGAAGAAAAAUAAAACAAUUUAAAGGGAUAAGGAGUGGGCAGGCAGCUAUUUUUGAUAAAAUAGUUGGAGAAGACCUCUCUGAUAAGGCAACACCUGAGUAAAGACCUUAGUGGCAUGAAAAAGUGAGCAUUGCCCAUUAUUGCUAAUUCUUUUGUGUUAACUUUUAACUUAGUUCUUUAUUAUUAUAUUUUAGUGAACAUACGAAACGCAAGGAAAAUUUCGUAGGUUCACUUUUUACCCUAGUAUUUUAUUACAAAAAUUUCAAGCAUAUGGAAAAGUUUUUUUUACAGUGGACACCUAGAUUCUACCAUGAGUAUUUUACCAUUCUUGUGUAUUAUGUAUCUGCCAUCUAUCCAUCCCUCUGUCCAUCAGAGUCUUCAUUUUAAUCUUGAUGUCCUCACCCUGUUCAAUCUGUAAAUCCUUAAACUAAUGGGUUGUGGAUUUCUUCUGCCACAGGGGUUUUCAGAAACCUAACAUUCGUGAAUGGGAAGAAAUGUCAUAUUCAUCUUUAUAUUAUAGAUUUUAACUUUAUUUCAUUUUGUAUUUUACAUGUAACUCCUCAUGCCAUUUGGAGUUAAUUUGGGGAUGUGAUAUAAGGCAAGGAUCAAACUUGUUUGUUUCCCAAAUAGCUGGUUUCCCCAGCACACCUGUUGAACAGUGCAGUCUUUUCUAUGUUGGUUGGUCACUUUUAAAAAAUAGUGUAAGUUUUUUUUGUAUACCUGGAUGAUUUUUCAAGUUUUUUUUGUUGUUGUUUGUUCAUUGUAUUUGGUUGAUUUGUUUUGCUAGCACCUCAAUUUUUCUAUUUUGUUUUAUAAUACAUUUUAAUAUGUAGUUAGGCAAAUCCUUCCCUAAUUAUCUUUUUUUCAGAAUUUUCGUAGCUGGGUUGGUAUGUGCUUAUCCUUGGAGAUGAAUACUAAAAUCAUCCACAUUCUCAAACAGAUGUUGGAAUCUUAAUUCAUAUUAGUAUUUCUUGGUUUUUUAGAAGGGGUCUUUCUACAUCUGUAAAACAGGGAUAAUGAGAGCAGCCUUUUGAUAGGAUUGUUGCAUGGAUUAAAUGAACAUAAAGUAUUUAACGUGAUACACCAACUCAAAGCUGGUUCUGAUUUUACAGAGGGAUAUGAGAUUGAUUUGGGUCCUACUGAGUUGCAGUUCAUUUCUGGAGUUUCUCAAGUCCAUUUUGAAGCAAGAAAAAAAUAACUGGGUUGUUACUAAUGCAGAAAUCAAGCACAUUGGCAUAAGUAAAGUGGCAGCAACACUCAAGAAAUCUCUCUCUGCCCUUGUUGCAGAAUGCUCCAGUAUUGUUAGGACUGGGAGUCUCACUUCUGCAAUGCCCAUUCUGCGUUGCCAGCAGUGGUUUCAGGUACAGAUGGACGUUCACACUCACAGGUCAAUAGGCUAUAUAAUCUGGCACAAGUUUUACUUUGGUUUAUAGAAAGGUGCAGGACAGGAAACAAUAUAUCGGCAUGACAGCGUUAAUCACAUCUUCAUCAGGGUCCUUCCAGCAACCUGGGCAGGACUCCCUGGCCCACAGUGGACACCUUCAGUGACAGUGAAGAGACCGUGUAGACAGGAGAUGCCAACACAGUCUCAAGUGUCCACCUGAUACAAGUAGCUCACUCUUCAUCAGCAUCUCUCCAACCCAUUGUCCAGUCCUUUCCAUGUCUGAUGAGUUGUCUUCGGGAAUGGUUCCUGUCCUGGGCCAACAGAAGGUUUGGGGGCCAUGACCCCUGGGAUUCCUCUAGUCUCAGUCAGACCAUUAAGUCUGGUCUUUUUAUGAGAAUUUGGGGUCUGCAUCCCACUGUUCUCCUGCUCCCUCAGGGGUUCUCUGUUGUGCUCCCUGUCAGGCCAGUCAUCGGUUGUGGCUGGGCACCAUCUAGUUCUUCUGGUCUCAGGAUAAUGUAAGUCUCUAGUUCAUGUGGCCCUUUCUGUCUUUUGGGCUCAUAGUUAUCGUGUGACCUUGGUGUUCUUCAUUCUCCUUUGAUCCAGAUGGGUUGAGACCAAUUGAUGCAUCUUAGAUGGCCACUUGUUAGCAUUUAAGACCCCAGAUGCCACAUCACGUUUAUUUUAACCAAGUGCAGUUCAAGCAAACAGUGUGAGAAGAAGGAAUGGACUUCAGAGCCUCUCUACCCUGCUAAGAAAACCCUGUGCCACCCCAUUUAUAGGGACAACAGGGAGCCCCUGGACCCUCAGAGAAUAUUAAAAAGUGAGCCUCCAUAUCCCCAAGACAUGAGUGCUGUAGCCAAAGACCUGAUCAAACGUCUUCUGAUGAAAGAUCCCAAGAAAAGAUUGGGAUGUGGUCCACGUGAUGCGGAUGAAAUCAAAGAGCAUCUCUUCUUUCAGAAAAUAAAUUGGGAUGAUUUAGCUGCCAAAAAAGUGCCCGCACCAUUUAAGCCAGUCAUUCGAGAUGAAUUAGACGUGAGUAACUUUGCGGAAGAGUUCACAGAAAUGGAUCCCACCUAUUCCCCCGCAGCCCUGCCCCAGAGCUCCGAGAGGCUGUUCCAGGGCUAUUCCUUUGUCGCCCCUUCUAUUCUCUUCAAGCGUAAUGCAGCCGUCAUAGAUCCACUUCAGUUUCACAUGGGAGUUGAACGUCCUGGAGUGACAAAUGUCGCCCGGAGUGCCAUGAUGAAGGACUCUCCAUUCUAUCAACACUAUGACCUUGAUCUGAAGGACAAACCAUUAGGAGAAGGAAGUUUUUCAAUUUGUCGGAAGUGCAUACACAAAAAAAGUAACCAAGCAUUUGCAGUCAAGAUAAUCAGCAAAAGGAUGGAAGCCAAUACUCAGAAAGAAAUCACAGCUCUGAAACUCUGCGAAGGACACCCCAAUAUAGUGAAGUUGCAUGAAGUUUUUCAUGAUCAGCUUCACACGUUCCUAGUGAUGGAACUUCUGAACGGCGGAGAGCUGUUUGAACGCAUUAAGAAGAAGAAACACUUCAGUGAGACGGAAGCCAGCUAUAUCAUGAGGAAGCUUGUCUCGGCCGUCAGCCACAUGCACGAUGUGGGCGUGGUGCACAGAGACUUGAAACCUGAGAAUUUAUUGUUCACCGAUGAAAAUGACAAUUUGGAAAUUAAAGUCAUUGACUUUGGGUUUGCACGCUUAAAGCCACCUGAUAACCAGCCCCUUAAGACGCCAUGUUUCACCCUCCAUUAUGCUGCCCCCGAGCUCUUGAACCACAACGGCUAUGAUGAGUCUUGUGACCUCUGGAGCCUGGGUGUCAUUCUGUACACAAUGCUGUCAGGGCAGGUCCCAUUCCAGUCUCAUGAUAAAAGUGUGACAUGUACCAGCGCAGUGGAAAUCAUGAAGAAAAUUAAGAAGGGAGAUUUCUCCUUUGAAGGAGAAGCUUGGAAGAAUGUGUCCCAAGAGGCUAAAGAUCUGAUUCAAGGCCUUCUCACGGUCGAUCCAAAUAAAAGGCUUAAAAUGUCUGGCUUGAGAUACAAUGAGUGGCUUCAAGAUGGCAGCCAGCUAUCCUCCAAUCCUCUGAUGACGCCAGACAUUCUGGGAUCCUCAGGAGCUGCCGUGCAUACCUGUGUGAAAGCCACCUUCCACGCCUUUAACAAAUACAAGAGAGAGGGUUUUUGCCUUCAGAAUGUUGAUAAGGCCCCUUUGGCUAAGAGAAGGAAAAUGAAAAAGACUAGCACCAGUACGGAGACACGCAGCAGUUCCAGCGAAAGUUCUCAUUCUUCUUCCUCCCAUUCUCAUGGUAAAACCACACCUACAAAGACACUGCAGCCAAGCAAUCCAGCUGACAGCAAUAACCCAGAGGCCCUCUUCCAGUUCUCAGACUGAGUAACAGAGGCGUGGUAGGAAAGUAAUCGAUGAUCCAUUGCGCCUUCAGUUCCCUCAGUGUACGCCUGAGGCGAUGUUCUGUGCUUUUACAAAUGUGUCGCGUUGGUCUCAUUGGAAUCUGCCUCUUAGUGAAUUUUUUCAGGAAAACCUAUUGGUUAUCCUCAUCCAAAAGCACUGGACAGAGAAUGUUACUGUGAACAGAGCACCGGUCAUGCUAUGUAGAGAUCUAGAAUGAUGCCAGCAGGACUGUUCUUGAAAGAACAAAGGUUUCUAUACAUUUAAUUAGGGACUGGUUAGAUUUGAGCUGCUUACAAAAUAAAUCACAGGUUUUUCACAUGCCUGCCAACAGCAGUUGACUUUACUGAUAACUUUUGCUUCGCCUUACGGACAUUGUGGGUUUUUCAAGAGAUUUGCACCCUUCAAACCAGUGAUCUCUCAGAGGAAAUGUCAUACUGUUUUCAGAAAGAUUCUGGGUAGCAUAUACUUAUUUCUUGGGAGAAGAUUUUAACUUAUUAUUUUUCUCUUAUGGUUACAUAUGAUGAUAACCUGGUAUUAUUAAUCUUUUUCUAAAAAGUAGAAAAAAGAAAUACAAGAACUUAAGGCCCCAUAGUCUAUAUUUGGGCCCAUAUGAAAUGCAUGCUAAGCUGCAUAUGUUUUUAAUUUUGCACUGCUCUUUCCUGGCGAUUGGUUUUAAUGAUUAUUGCAGAAUAUUAAGGUACAUGUCUCUCUGUUUUCAGUAGUACUGCACUUUAUAAAAGAGUGUGACUAAAGCAAGCUAGUUUGUAAAGUGCACUGUUUCAAGCCUACGUACUGUAUUUUAGCCAUUUUCCCCCCAUUAUCUACUUUACAUGCGUCCUCGCAUCCCUCUUCUACCUGGAAUGCAGCAGGUAGAACUGGGCGUGUUGUAGCAUGGAGUCUGUUAGCCACUCACGCACUGAGGUGAGGAGAACUAAAGGGGAGUUACACUGAACACACUGAGUCGUUAGCCGCUCACGCACUGAGGUGAGGAGAACUAAAGGGGAGUUACACUGAACACACGGAGUCGUUAGCCGCUCACGCACUGAGGUGAGGAGAACUAAAGGGAAAUUACACUGAACACUGUGCUCCAUCUUUGUACACUGUGUCCUGCUGCAGCGAGGCACCUCCUCCUGGAGUCGGAGCUUAUGUACAUAAUAUUUUACAAUCAUAACUAUGACUUGUUUUGAAAAUUUUCUGUUAAAUUUUAAAUCUGGAAAGUAUAUUUUAUAAACUUGCAUAGAGCACUUCCAUUGCUCCAAAGUUCUGAAUUCAUACAGAAAACAAGUGUUAUGUGAUAGACAUUACGAUAAAGACAUUGCUGCAUUUAAAAAUAAAAUUAAUUCAUUCCCUAUGCAAAAAAAAAAAAGAGUGAUAGGAUAUGUAUGUUGUAUUUUCUUUUAAAGCCACCACAUGAAAUGUCAGGACUGAGAAAAGUGAUUUUUGCUAUGUUUACAGGAAUCAUGCUUAAAAAGAUAACACCCAACAUGUUUGUUUUAUAGUUUGUGUAAAUGACAACCUCUUGAGCAUUAGUUUGGAAUUUGGGCAUGAUGUUUAUUUAUUCCUUUCUUGAGGUAAUAGUAGCAUUAAUUUCAACCAGUUAUGAAUACUAAAAAAAUUGCACUCUAUGUAAUAGUAGAAUAUUUAUUACUAAAUCAAUGUAUAUAUUAAUAGCACAGGCAACAAAAAUGGCAAAUAUUAAAAUAUUUUCAAAAUAUUGUAUUAUCCUGUUCACAUUUUUGUCCACAGUGGUUAUUGGGAAUAACUUUUUAUACUUCUCAGUGACCCACCAGGCUACAUAAUUCUCAGUGAGUCAAUGAAAGUUUUAUACUUCUAGCUUUCACUCAUUCUUAGUAAUGAUGAGAACUCUUAUGUGAAUUAUUACCAAACUACAGCUGGUUCACAGAAUGUGAUUCCAUCAGGCACAGAUUUGUAAUAAUCAAGAAAAUGUCUACGUAUAUCUGUAAAAAAAGCUGCGUUAAAUAUAUUGGAAACUAUGUGAGCUCUUGAAGUGAUUUUUUAAACUGGUAGAAAAUACUAGUUGUAAAGUACAAACCAAAGGGACACUCUUGCUCUGAUAGAAAAUGAUCCAGAAAAAUAGUCUAAUAGCGUACCCUAGCAAUUGAUGUCGUAGAUGCCUUAUGUAUAUUGGAAAUUGAUAAAUUUCAUUUUCAUUUCUUUUCCUUGCCCCUCUUCAGAGGGACAUGGCAAACAAUGAACUAGGUAGAAGGGCAGUCAGAGUAAAAGGAGAAAGGAAAGAGAGGGCUAAUCCGUGAGCUGAUGAGCCUCCCUGAAGAACCUCAGAACCACUCAGAGUGCUGCCCUCUGGUCAGAUAUCCUUGUCCUCACCCUGCUUAUAAACACCAAAAAGACAGAAUUUGAUGCUCAGUACGUGUGCAGCCGCUAGGUUGUUUGCAGACUCUUUGGUAGUAAAUUAUAUUUUAAAAUUCACAAAGCUUUCAUUUAGUCACAUCAAAAGUAAGGAACAAAAAAUACUUCAUUUAAAAUUGUCAAGUGAAAGGACUCUUUUUGGCAUUAGAAGUAAAAUAAAAGUAGAUAUGAGACAAGCCAAUGUAUACAUUAAAUUCUCUUUUGUUAACACUGAUUUUCAGGGUAGAGCCAGACCGCCCCUUCCCUUCUUCCCUUACUGAUUUUAUUGUGUGUAGUUUUCAUGCUAUCAUAAAUCCUGAUUCAUAUAGUAUGUUUUGUAGCUAUAUAUGGCUAGUUGAGAGGCAAGAAAAAGAAGAGAAUACGGGGAAAAAAUUAAAGUUUGGUCUUUCUAAUUACUGUGCCAGAUCCUAUGGCUGAAAUGAGUUCCUUCCUGAGUUAAAUUAGCUCAUUUGCAGUUCAUUAAUUCUUCUAAACCUCUUUAAAAUGAGAAACCACUGAAACAGAAAACCAGAAUCCUGAGUUAUUUUCAACAUGCUUGUCUGUCUGAGAGCCACAGAUUCUUCCACCUAAGACAAAACAUCUUUUUUUUUUUUUUAAGAUUGCUGCUGAUUUCUUAAAUGCACAAAUGGCUACAUUUUAACUAUAAGUGUAUUUUAAAGAAGGCUACUAGGAUAGCAGUGACUACUUUUUUUAAUAAGGAAAUUCCUUUUGUCACCCAUUUUUUUAAGUAUGUACUCAAAUACUUCGUAAGGCAUACAAUUUAUUGUCUACUUGUUCACCUUGCUGUAUUUAGAGCAUCUGUUAUUGUCAUAUUUAUUAAGAAUAGGGUAUCACAAAAUGGUGAAAAUGUCUAAAUUAUCGGCCCUCUCGGUGCCGUAGACCACCGGAUUACUUUGGAGGGUCUCCCAUUGACCAAUAUUACAAACACAGUUGGCGUGUUUGUGUGAUCAGACUUAUAAUAAUCUUUAAAAUCUAAGUAAAUAGUGUAAAUUCUGUUAUGUCACUCACACAAUGUCAAACUAAUUGUCUUAUAGAUGGAUUAUUAUAUAGCAUAAUGAAAUACCUUAGAAUUAUAUAAUUUUUUGGCCACUCAGAUAUAAUUCUUAGCUCCCCAAAUGUCUUAACACCAUAGCACCCCGGUUUGUGACCUUUAAUUAAUUACAUCCCCCACAUGAAUAUCCCUCUUCAUUUGAUAAAGCGUCAGGCACUAAAGUGAAUGUAUUAGGGGCCUCUAAAAAAAAAAAAAAAAAAAGUUAUUAAAGACUUGCAUUGUAAGAUAACAGGAAGUAUGUAUGAAUAAAUAUUUUAAAUAAACUCUACCCACAGAAAAUAGCUGCUACGACAACAUAAAGGUUUUAUUUUUGCUAUCUUGUUAAAUAACUUCACUCCAAAUUGUAGCUUUUCUUGGGGAAAAAUAUUCUUCUCAAGAGUUAUUUAAUUAUCUUUAUGGGGGAAGAAGGUGUAUUUUACAGAAGGUGACAUUGUUCAUGUCACGAACAUUUGACUGGGCUCAUUUCAGUCUCUGUCUUCAGCCUUUCUUAUAUUUUAGCUUUCGAGAUAUUUCCUUUGAGCCCUCUUCUUUCUGUGCCCAGCUCCCAAUUAUAUUUUUAAAUUAAGUAGUUGAUUACUCUUCCAGAUGCUUCCCUUGCCCAAGGCUGUUGUCCUUCCGAUUUCAUGAAUUUGUUAAUUAGACAGGUGCCAGUGCUUUAUAUUUUUCUUAAAAAAAAUUUUUUUUUUUAUGGAGCAGUUCCACUCAGUUCUACUCUGUCCUGUAGGGUCGCUAUGAGUCGGAAUCAACUCGAUGGCACUUAGUUUGGUUUGGUUUUUUGGUUUAGACUAUGAAGGGGAACCCUGGUGGCACAGAGGUUAAGAGCUGUGGCGAGCUGCUAACCAAAAAGUUGGCAGUUCGAGUCCACCAGCCACUCCUUAGAAACCCUAUGAGGCAGUUCUACUCUGUCCUGUAAGGUUGCUGUGAGACAGAAUUGACUCCAUAGCAAGGAGUAGACUAAAAAGGGGUAAGAAACUAAAGUGGCGCCCGAAUAGAUCUGCCUUGGCUUUUUCAUAUUAGUGCAAAAUAAAAAAAAUAAAAAUAAAUUUUUUUUUUUUUUUUAGGUACUGUUUAUUGCCAGCCAUUUCUUUAUUUUUAUUACUUCUGAUCACAUGGUAAAAAAGCCUGAUAUUGGGUACUUAGAAGCAGACUUGGAUCAAAAUGUAGGAUUCUUAGUAGCUGUUCGUUAAUCUUAACUUUCCUGGUGUAUUUCUGCUGGGGUGGGUGGAAGGACAUUUUGUAAUAUUUUAUUUAGUUAGGAUGCUGUUUUUGUUACUGGCAGGAGUUAAAUGCUUCAGCUAGAUCAAGUUAGCAUUUAAUACAGCAGCUGCGCUCCAGAGCGCUGGAAACUGGGACGAUACUUAGCAUUAUGUUGUUUUCAUGAUCUUUUCCACUGGGUGACACUUUAAAAAAAAAAAAAAAAUUUUUUUUAUUUUUAUUUUUAACACUUUUAAUUUGUUUGGUUUUAUAAAAUGUGUCUAAUUUGUCUCUUCACUAAAAAAAUCUAGUUUCAUUCUUGCUUUUGCCUAUAUUGAACAGUUUUUAUCUUCUCAUUUAUGUUUCGACGUCUUCCCAUAUUAAAAAGAAAACAGAAAUAAAGAAAUGGCAUGACUUAGAAAAAGAAAUUUAAGUGUUAGGAGUAGAAUACUGCAGCUUUAUUUUCUGGCAUGUCUGCUUCUCGAGAGAUUGGAAAAUCAUUUUUUCUCGUAUUUGUUUUGUUUUAAAAACCCGUAAGAGUGCACUGUGGGACAGUUGACUUUUUUAAAUGCAAUUUUAUUUUUAACUUUGUAAGAGGCUGGUCAUGUAAAACAUGUUGUGUUGGGAUGGAUUGUGUGGCAGUUAGCUUCAGUAAAGACAUGCUGCUGUGUAGACAUUAUCCGUGAUGGUUUACUUUAGGUACGAUUGUGCUACUCUGUAGCCCCAAUUAUAAAUACUGGCAAAGGGUUUUUAUAUGGUAAUUCUUGUUCUUUUGACAAAUACGAAGGGGAAAAUACAAGCUACAUCACAUAUAAAAUUUGAGUAUUAAAAUUUUGAAAACUGACCUUAAAAACUAAGUACGAGUUUUAAAAAAGAACAGGAAACCACAUAUACACACACUUAGAGGAAUUUCUUAAAGAUUGGCAUUUUAAUGUAUAGCUGGGGCACUUCUGCCGAAAAUGGUAUGUAUCCUUGGGUUCGGAAUUGAAAACUUGUUGAAAAUCAUCUAAGGCACAAUAAUCUCUGUAACUGUAAAUUUUGCUACCGCUUUACGUAAACAUAAGGACUUGUCUUACUAGAAGAUAAAUGGAAGAGAAAAAGAUGAAAAAACAGUUCUUUUUCUUCUGUUUCCCUGAGCAGCUAAAAGUCUAAUGCAAACCUCAGCUCAAUUAAAUGCCAUUCAGAUCCAUUGCCAUCUGGGUUGUCUUCAUCAAAUACAGCGGUGGUUUCAUGCUCAUAAGUACGUGUACUUUUUGCAUUGUCCUUUUUCUUGCAUCGUUUUUCAGUUUCCCAUCGUGUGUACAUACACGUUAACAUAUCCCUCUACUAAUAUUUCACUUACUGAUUCUCAAUGUAUCCAUGUAUUAACUAACAUUUAUAGAUUGUAAUUAAGAUCUGAGAAAUGAAGGCUUGGUUGGAACAGAAGAGGGAAAAGCUUGGGAUGAAAAUUAUUUGGGAACAAGGAGAUACUGAUGCUGUAUGAGAACAGCUCUGAGAUACAAACAUUCGGUAUGAACGUAGAGAAGGCUGCUUUACAAACUUGCCAUUCCAGUGGCCAUCUAGAUGAAUCUCUUUUGUAAGUUUUUCUACUCUUUGGGUAAAGGAGUUUAUGUAACAUGUACGUGUAGGCUUUACACCAAACCAAACCCAUCGCCAUCAGUGCCGACUUAUAGCGACUAUGUAGGCUUUGUAAGAUGGUUGUUUUCUCCUAGCAGGCCCAUGGACGUUCUCUUCUCUUCCCCCACCUCCUCCUCAACGUUUCUUGCUGCCUUCUUCCCACACCAUGAACAUUCUGUGGCCAAAGAAACCAAUCCAAAGACAACAUGUAGGUAGUGACAUCUUUUUUUUUUAAAUGAUGACAGUAUAAAUAUAAAUUACACAGAUCUUAAGUGUACAGGUUAAUAAAUUUUUACAUAUGUAUGCCCCAUGAAACCAUCACCCAGAAUCAAGAUAAGGGUCUCAGUCAAUACUCAAAGAUAACCACUGUUGUGAUUUCUGUCACCAUAGAUUAGCUUUCCCUGUUCUUGACUUUCCUAUAAAUGGAAUCACACAGCCUGUAGUCUUGUGCCUGGUUUCCUUUGAUCAGCAUUAUGUCUGUCAAGUUCAUCUGUGUUGCAUGUGGCAAUAACAAUGGUUUGCUCAUUUUCUUUGCUGUAAAGUAUUCCAUUACAUGAGUGCACCACAAUUUAUUUAUCCAUUCCACUGUUUAUGCCUAGGCUUUAUGGCUAAAACUGCAUGGACAUUCUUGUACAUAUCUUGUAGUGGACACGUACACUCAUUUGUCUUGAGUUAGUACGUAAGAGUGAAAUACUGAGUUGUAGGAUGGAUGUGUAUUUAGCUGCAAAAGAUAGUGCCAAAAGUUUUCAACACCAAUAAUUGUGAAAGAGUUCCGGUUGCUCCAUAGACUCAUCAAUACUUGGCCCAUCAGCCUUGUGAGUUUUAGCCAUUCUGGUGUGUGUGUAUAUCAUUGUGGUUUUAAUAUGCAUUCACCUGAGGAGUAAUCAUAUAUCCUUAUUAGCCAUUUGGAUAUCCUCACUAGUGAAAUGCCUGCUUAUGUCAUUUGUCCGUAUUUAUUGGGUUGUCUGUCUUUUUCCUAUUGAUUUGCAGGUGUUCUUUUUAUUUUCUGGAUAUGAGGCUUGUGUCUGGUAUAUUAUUGCAGAUAUUUUCUCUUGGUUUGCUUUCUAAAUAAUGUCCUUUGAUAACCAGAAAUUCUUAAUUUUUAUGAAGUUCAGUGUAUCAGUCUUUUCUUCUUAUGGUUAAUGAUUUUUUUGUCCUGUAUAAGAUAUAUUUGCCUACCCCAAGGUUAUGAAGAUAUUCUUGUAUUCUUCUAAAAGCUUUAUUGUUUUACCAUUCACAUGAGGCCUACAAUCUACCUAGCGUUGAUACUUGUGUAUGAUACAUAUUGUAUAGCCAAACUUCAUUUAGUUCCACAUGAGUAUUCAGUUGACCCAGUACAAUGUAUUGAAAAGCUCAGUGCAUUGUAGUUUCUACCUUCUAGGUGACUACGUGGAUCACUUUCUUGAUUUUCUGUUCUGUUCCUCUGGUCUAUUUAUCUAUCUUUGUGUUAUUACUAUGAUGUUUUUAUAAAGUCAUCAUAUCUAGUAGUGUGAGACCCAAACUUUGAUCUUCUUCCAGACGUCUUGGCCAUUCUUAGACCUUUGCAUUUCCGCAUUCAUUUCAGAAUCAGCUGAUCAGUUUCCUCAGGGAUGGGGGAAAGAUAUCUGUUAGGAUUUAAGUGGUGUUGCAUUGAAUAUAUAGGUCAAUUUCAGGAGAACUGAUACCUUCACAAUUUUGAGUUCUUCUGUCUGUCCAUUGUUGUUAUUUGCCAUCAAGUUGGCUCCCAUUAUGUGUAACAGAACAAAACGUUGCCUGGUCUUACAACAUCUUAUGAUUGUUGGUAUGUUUUUGAGCCCAUCGUUGUGGCUAUUGUGCCAAUCUGUCUCAUUGAGGGUUUUCCCUUGUUUUUACAAACCCUCUACUUUACCAACCAUGAUGUCCUUUUCUAGCGAUUGGUCUUUUCAGGUAACAUAUCCAUGAACUGAAAUCUCAUCAUCCUCGCUUCUAAGGAGCAUUCUAGUAUUUCUUCUAAGACUGAUUUGUGUAUUCUUAUGGCAGUCUACAGUAUAUUCAGUAUUCUUCACCAACAUCACAAUUCAAAUGGUCAGUUCUUCUUUGGUCUUCCUUUUUCAUUGUCCAGCUUUCCCAUGCAUAUGAGGUGAUUGAAAAGAGCAUGGCUUGAGUCAGAUCCACCUUAGUCCUCCAAGUGACAUCUUUGCUUUUUAAAACUUUAAAGAAGUCUUUUGCAGCAUAUUUGACCAAUGCAAUACAGUACAUUGUUUGUUUUCUUGACUGUUGCUUGCAUGGGCAUUGAUUGUUGAUUCAAGUGAAUGAAAUUAUUGAUAACUUCGAUUUUUUCUCCAUUUAUCAUGAUGUUGUCUAUCCCUCACUUAGGUCGUCUUUAAUUUGUCUCAGCAAUGUUUUAUAGACCUCCAUGUAGAGGUUAGACUUAUUUCCAGGCUUUUGAUAUUUUUGGAUGCUGUUGUAAAUGAUAUUUUAUUAUCUAAUUAUUUUUUGUUAGUAUACAUAAAUAUAGUUGAUUUUUGUAUAUUGCCCUUGCAUCCAAUAUCCUUGCUAAAUUUACUUUUUAAUUAUAUAGAUUCUUUUUAAUUUCUUUGUGUACACUAUUAUUCUGCAAGUAAUGAUAGUUUCACUUCUCCCUUUCCAAUUUCUACUUUUCUCGCCUUAUUAAGCUGACUAGGGCUUCCAUUAAAAUGUUGAAUAGAAGUGGUGAUAAUGGACCUCCUCAACUUUUCUUGAACUUAAAAUAAAAAUUCAGUAAUCUAUCAUUCAGCAUGAUGUUUGCUGUAAAUUAUUUUAUAGAUACCAUUUACCAGAUUAAGUUUCUUUUAAUUGUUAGUUUUCUGAGAGUUUUUAUUAAAUGGUUAGUCGGUCUCUAUCAAGAUGAUCACAUAAUUUCUCUUCUUCUCUUAAAGUGAUGAAUUAUACUGAUUAGUUUUGAAAUUUUGCAUUCCUGAAGUAAACCCUAUUUGCUUAUAUUAUUAUUUUCAUCUAUCAGUGGAUUCAGUUUGCUAAUAUUUUGCCUAAGGUUUUUUGAUCUGUGUUCAUAAAAAGGAUAGAGCUGUAAUUUUCCUUUCUUUAAUAUAAAAAAAUAUUAAAAUAUAUAUAUAUUUUUAAUAUGUAUCUUUGUCAGAUUUGGAACAAGGUUAUUCUGGCUUCAUAAAGUAAGUUGGGAUAUGUUCCGUCUUUUUUUAUAUUCUAGAAGAGUUUGUAUAAGCCUGAUGUUAUUCCUUCCUUAAAUAUUUAGAAGAAUUCACCAGUGAGGCCACCAGAAUGUGGAGGUUUCUUUAUGGGAAAGUUAUCUUUUAAUUGGAGUAUUUAGUCCAUUUACAGUUAAUGUGAUUGUUGAUAUACUGUUUUUAAGUCUACCAUCUUAACAUUUGUUUUCAAUUUGUCCCAUUUCCUCUUUGUUCCUGUGUUUCUCCUUUUCUGCCUUCUUUUGAAUGAACCAAGUAUUUUACCCUUUUUACUCCUACGUUAGUUUGCUGGUUUUUGUUUUAAUUCAUUUAGCAGUUGCCUACUUUAGAGACUACAGCACAGUCUUUGACUUACCACAUUGUACCUUAAACUGGUACAUUUACCACUUCCCUACAAUGCAAGGACCUUUAUCACAGUUUAAUCUGUUUACCCCUCCUUCCUUUUGUGUUACUGCUGUCAUGUACUUUACCUCUAUGUUCUACAUAUAUGUUAUGUAUUUAUUAUAUUUAUUGUUAUUACUGCUACUAUUAUUUUAAAAGGCCUGUAUUCAUUUUUGUAUACCCACAUAUUUAUGCUCCCUGAUGUUUUUAUUCCUUAUUGCCUUUACUUACUUCCAUCUGGGAUUAUUUUCCUUCUGCCUGGAGAACUCUCUUUAGUAUUUAUUUUAGUGCAAGUCUGUUGGCAAUGAAUUCCCUUAGCUUUUGCUUUUGUGAAACUUUCUUUUGCCUUUACUUUUUCUGGAACACCUUUAUUGAGAUAAAACUCACAUAACAUACAAUUUGCCUAUUUAAAAUGUACAAUUCAAUAUUGCCUUUAUUUUUUGAAGGAUAUUUUUGCUGAGUAUAAAAGUCUAGGUUCAGCACUUUCAAGAUAUGAUUCUAAUCCUUAGGUUCUGUGGAAAAGUCAUCCAUCAGUCUUACUGUUGCUUUUUUGAGGGUAAUGUGUCUUUUUUUUUCCUAUCGCCACUUUUAAGAUUUUCUGUCUUUGGUUUUAACAGUUUGAGUAUGAUGUGUCUAGGUGUAGUUUUCUUUAUAUCUACUAAGGAUAAUAGCACUUAAACAUGUUGAAUCUUUUGGUUGAUUUCCUUCAAUUUUGGAACUUCUUAACCAGUCAUUCUUCAAACAGUUUUUUUCUGAUCCAUCCUCUCCUCUUCUAUGUCUUCUACAGUCUUUUCUGUGUUUUCCAUCCGUCUUUAUUUCUCUGUGCAUUAGUCUGGAUAAUUUUCAUUGACUCAUCCUCUAAUUCCCUUAUUCACUGUUCUGCUGGGUCUAAUAAAUUUUAAUAUUAAUUUAAUAUAUUGUAUUUUUAACUCUGUAAUAUACAUUGACUCUUUUUUAUAGAUUCCAGAUCUCUGCUGAAAUUCUCCAUCUUUUCCUCUGUAUUCUUGAACAUAUUAAUCAUAGCGAUGUUAAAGUUCUUGUCUGAUAAAUGAAUAUCUGAAUUACCUAUUACUUUCUGUUGUCCUUAUUUUCUUUUGGUUUUAAGUCAUUCCGUUUUGUUUUUUAGCAUGCCUCUGAAUUUUGGCAGUCGCUAUACAUGGUGCAUUGAAUAUUGUAGAGGCUCUGAAUGAUGUUGUCUUCCUCCUAAGCUGAUUAUGUUUCUUCUGUCAGGAAGGUAAAGUAAAAGCAGUUCCGCAGAAUCCUAUUGAUGGUUGAUUUUAGACUUUGUUAGGGCUUCUGUAUUUCAGUUUUGCCCGUAAACUCUUAGACUAUGGCCUGUCUGGGUUCCCACCUGAAAAUCUGGGGUGUUUACCAGGGCCACUACACCUUGGUGGCCUUGAACGCAAACCUCUAACUUCUUAGCACCAAAGCCUACUAAAAUCUCUGCUCAGCUCUUUGGCCCCACAACUGCUGCUUUUUGCUUUUUGGUGGGUUUCUUGAGGUCUCACCUUACACAGAGAAGCUAGUUUAGGAUUGACAAACACCUCAAUUAGAUAUUGCAACAGCAUUUGGGGCUCACUUCUCUGAAGUUUUUGCCCCUCUGAGAUUUUGCCCCUCAAUUCCUAGCCACUUUGGCAGCCCAGACUCCAAGCUUUGUCCCUUUAAUCAAGUGGGAUUGCUGCUUUCUGCUAGGCCUUUCAUUACCUGUGCUGUGAAUUUACAGUGCCUUCAAAGAAGUCAGAACCUGGGUGGAGUGCUUCCCCCCAUUCAGGGAUUAUAGUUCAGGUUCUGCCAGCGUGAGUUUGCUCCCUGAUGCCUAUAAACAGAUGUUUUGUGUAUCUUAUCUACCUUUCAUAGUGUUUUCAGUGAGAGGCAUAAUCAAAUAACAAACUACCCUCUUGUGUCCAAAGCAGAAAUCUGGUGGUGAUCACCUUUAGUCACCAUUGUUGAUUUCCCCACUGUGGCUUCUGCCAGUGAUAACUUGGUUGUCACUAGUUCACAACUAUAUGAGAGGGCACCAGGUUUAUUCAUUUGUUAUUCCUUUGCUCAUUGAACAUUUUUUGAGCUCCUACUUAGGCCAGGUACUGUUCUAGAUACAGGCAAUAUAGCAGUGAAUGAGACCAGACCUCUACCAUUUUGGGGUUUAUAGCCUGUUGUUCUUAUAGAAAGGCUACUCAGUGGAUUCUGUGUCAUACUCGUAUUACUUAAACAUAGACUUGUCUUGGGGGAGAGAUGCAAGAGAGAAAGACAGACAGACUGAGACCUUUUGGAUGAUAAUACCUUCUUCAUACAAAUAUUUUUAGCCUUUUAAAAAAUUCUGUAGAGAUUAGCCCAGUUCAAAGUGUACCCAUAAUACAUCAGUAUUUGCCCACUUCAGAAAGCUAAGACAUUAUGCUUAUUUCCCUAUCUGUGAGUUUCUACAUCACACAGACAACACAUGAAAAACUCACUUUGUAUUAUUUGAAAAUUUGAGUUAAAACUCCAGGAACUGACUUACGGAGAACAAACUCAACUCUGAAAUCAAAUCUUCUUAUGGGUGUCAACAUGAAAUCUGAUCAAGAAUCAGCCUACUCGUGGUUUCCCAUUUUAACUUCAGUUUUACAAAAAAAAACAUUUCACAUGUUAUAGUGCACUUACUUAUUAAAUGCUUUGAGAUACUAAAAAUGGCUGGGUGUUCUCAGUCUUCCAGAAAUGCUUAAAGGUCACUGUUACCAAGAGAAAAAUAUAAUCUGGGCACGUGUCACUGUUAAAAUAUUUUACUGAAAUCAAGAAUUUUACUCUUCUGUUCUUUGUUGUUCUUUCUCACUUCAGAAACUUCAUCCAAUGGAUUGAUUAGUUUUCUAUCCCAAGAACAUAUUCCAAAGAUAACAGUUGGUACUUCUGAUUAUAAUCCAGUUUUAUGUGAUCAAAAGGCGGCAGUCAAAGCACUAGAAUCUUAGCAUAUAUGGUAGUCCAUAGAACCUAGGGGGCACUGAGAGGACCUGUCGAGAAUCUUCAACACCUGUGGCUUGGUGCUCUUGGAAUUGUAAGCCCUUUUGGAAUGGUCAGGAACAACCAGCUAAAGUGAAAGAAGCCAGACACAAAAGGCCACAUAGUGCAUGUUCCGUUAAUAUGAAAUAUCCAGAAUAGGCACAUCCACAGAGGCAGAAAGUAGAUUAAUGGUUGCCAGGGGCUGUGGGUGGAGGCCUUGGAGAUAAUGGGAUUUCUCUUGGGGGUGAUGAAAUGUUCAGAAAUUAGAUAGUGGUAAUUGUUGCACAACAUUGUGAAUAUACAAAGGGCCAUUAAAUUAUAUUUUCAAACGGUAAUUUUUAUGUUAUGUAAAUUUCAUCUUUAAAAAAAAAAACUACUAGCUAGAAAGAAUAUAGUUACUCUGAGGACACCUUACUACUGAGAGAAUACCAUCCCUAGUGCUCCUUUCUUUGGCAGCAGCUCUGUU